GUUGCGUUCACUGUUAGAACUUCCGCCAACACCAUUACCGCGCCGUCGCGUUCAGCGCACGGAUUGGCUCGAACGUCAGACGUUGACGUCUUGCCAACGCUCGGCCGUAUUAUAUAGGUAGCCAGCAAACCAUUUGGUACUAAGAGUUGUGAACGAAUCAUUGGAAUGUAAUGGACUACGUAGUUACAACGAACUUUGGCAAUCAUGCAGUCAGUCGCUGCAAUGCUUCAGAACGGCUUAUAAGUCAAGGCAACUCCUGUAUAGACCCAGGCCCACCACUCCAUACAGACACACCGAUACCGCCUUACCUCCAGUGCAGCCCGGCAUGGAGGCACCUUGCCAAUACCCAAGGCAAGCUCCUCCGCAUUAACGACAUUCCACGGUCGUCCCUUGCAACGAACGGUUCGUGUCAGUCGCAUCCGUUCUUGGGGCUGCCUGAGCUCAGAAUCGAGCCCAACCUCAGAGCCAUAGCAAUCGCCAUCUACGGCGCGCUCGUCCACCAUCAGCGUCAGUGCAGCGUAGUUGGCUACCGGAUAUGGUAUUCUCGUGAUCGAGCUUGCAAGCCCGCAGGACCUUAGUUUCUGCCGCGUUUGCGGCAGCACGCAUGGUUUCGAUUGCGAGGAUGCCAAUGUGGUC